AUGGGCAGGUGGAGCCAUAUAAGACAGAGAGAACCACGAGGUAAGCGUGCAGACCAACUUGAGUGCCGGGCGGCGCGGGGGAACUGGAGUGAGGAUGGCGCAGAGACCGAGGAGACAUUACGACGCACGGCCACCUCCGCCGCCGCCAGUUCAGGGUCAAACCCCCGGGAUGCAGGCGGCACAGCAGCGGGUAGGAGUACGACAGGGUCAGGCCUCAAGCGCCACAAGUGGCUCCGCAAAGCUGUACCAAUCCAAGUGCAGGUCCCGCAGCAGGCCCCGCCGCUGCACGUCCAGGCCCAGGCGGCGGCUCCGCUGGCGGUUCCAGGCCAGGCCCAGGCGGCGGUAACGCAGGCAGCUCCAGUCCAGGCCCACGCCCAGGCAGCACCGCAGGCAGCUCCAGACCAGGCCCAGGCAGCACCGCAGGCGAUUCCAGUCCAGGCCCAGGCGGCGCAGGCUAUUCCAGUCCAGGCCCAGGCGGCACCGCAAGCCGCGAUGCUCCAGGGCCAAGCCGCUGCCCCUCAGGCCCAGGGAAACGAUUGGCAGCAGAGAUUGGAAGCACUGGAAAAAGCACAUCGCACAGAAGGGGUGAGGGAGUCACUGGAGCAAGUUUUGGACCUGGCGAAAGCUCCGUCCCACCUCAAUCAUGCCUUACUCAUCCCGGCCUUGAGGAGACUGGAGGAAAAAGCCAGAGCGGCGGGACAUCCGGAUUACCCAACGUAUGCGGCGACAUUGAGGCACGCUACACUCCACGAGAAAAAUAGUAUGUUGGGGGAAAUGGUGCUGAGGGCCUUAGGUUCGGAUGUUGAUGAUAGGAUUGGGUCGAAGUUUGCUAAAGUUGUCAAACAAUCGGGAUAUCACACUCAGUCUGUAUGGCCACCACCUCCCCCUCCGCCCCAAUGGUUUCCUCCGGCUCAGGGGGGGUUUUCUACUGUGUUUAGGG